UCUCUGGCCAGCUUCUUAUGGUAGUCCUGGGUAGCCUGACUGCCAGAGCUGUGGCUGUUUACUGUGGAACCCUCAACUGUAGCCUCCGAGUGUUAAGAGCUUUCUGAAUUCAAGGGAUUAAACAACCUGUGCUUGGAUUUACUCUCUUUAUUGCAUACGCAGGGCAACAGAGGACCUGCUUAUACUGUGAAGUGACCUCUGGUCCUGAGUGAUCAGAUCAUUGUGCCAGCUCAGGAGCAACAGAACCAGAACGAGGAAACUCACAGCUUUUUGUUUGCUGCAGAAUACAAGGGAAGCAUUCUUUUCACAGUUAUCACUCAAGAAUUCAUUCUUUGGUGAUUCCAUGGAUAUAACUGAAAUUCUGCUUUUGUUCCUACCGAUUUGACAUCCCACAUGGCUACUGAUGGCAAUGAUCUUCAGGUUCCCUUGCGUCGGAAGCAGAGAAAGAAAACUCAAGGUCUUUUCAGCAUGAGUCGGAGGAGGAUCUCAUGUAAAGACCUCGGGCAUGCCGACUGCCAAGGGUGGCUGUAUAAGAAAAAGGAAAAGGGAACUUUCCUGGGCAACAAAUGGAAAAAGUUCUGGGUGGUGCUGAAGGGAUCGUCACUGUACUGGUACAGCAAUCAGUUGGCAGAGAAAGCUGAUGGAUUUAUCAACCUGCCUGAUUUCACUGUAGAGAGGGCGUCUGAAUGCAAGAAAAAGCAUGCUUUUAAGAUCAGCCAUCCACAGAUCAAGACCUUUUAUUUUGCAGCUGAGAAUGUGCAGGAAAUGAACCUGUGGUUAAGCAAGUUUGGAUUAGCUGUAGUCCAUCCUGAGUCCACUACAAAGGAUGAAGAAUGCUACAGCGAGAGUGAGCAGGAAGAUCCUGAGACAGCGGUGGAGACUGCAUCCCCUCCCUGCUCUGAGGAGUCUCUGCUUCCUCUGGCUGCUCAGCAGGCAUCUUCAUCUUCACCCAAACUGAGUGGAACGGCGCGUUCUUUAUCUUCCAUAGAAACCUCAAGGAAGACAUCCAGCACUUUGUCUUCCUCGUUGUCGAGAGGAAGACAGUCCUGGAUCGACAUGAUUAACAGUUCGUCUGCCGCUGAAGAUGGGGCACGAUCGGUGACGUGCGCUGUGCAGGUCCACUCACCUGUGCCCUCAGAGGCAAACAGCCUCAGGGCCCUGGAAAACAGCUUUGCCACAUCAGAGAGUGACUUCGUGAACUCUUUAUCUAGUGAUGACACUUCUUCAUUGAAUAGCAAUCAAGAUCAUUUUAGUGGCCCAGAGAAGCCUCCUGGACCAAAGAUGAUGGACGGAGAAGAGACAAAAGUGUCUGAGGAUGAUGAAAUGGAGAAGCUCUACAAAUCAUUAGAGCAAGCCAGUCUGUCUCCUCUUGGGGACCGGCGACCUUCAACCAAGAAGGAGCUGAGGAAGUCCUUUGUGAAGCGGUGCAAAAAUCCAUCCAUAAAUGAGAAACUCCACAAGAUCCGAACUUUGAAUAGCACAUUAAAGUGUAAAGAACACGACCUGGCCAUGAUUAACCAGUUGCUGGAUGAUCCGAAGCUGACAGCCACAAAAUACAGGGAAUGGAAGGUCAUGAACACGAUGUUGAUCCAGGAUAUCUAUCAGCAGCGGCGGGUCUCUUCGUCUGCUCCCGAAACCUCCCCCCAGGGACUCGAGAGACCACCUUCCUCUACCUGCGUUGAAAAUUCUAUGUGAGAACAAACCAGGACUUUUUUCCUCCUUCUCUCUCACCCCAAGCAACUCUUCGAGAUGUCAGAAGAGCUUGACCUCCUCCCUUAAAAAGGAAAACUGAGACCCAGUUCGUGGAACCUCUAGGGAUGCGGUUGGGAUGAGGACAAACCCUGAUGGUGGCAUCGUCACCAGCUCCAGUGCUUCCAUCCCAGCUGGAGGGAUGGAGUCCGGGUGAACGAGCCAUCCUCUGUUCCUCCCGGGAGCUCUCCGUCGUGCUAGCGUCUAGGUGGGAUGCGAGAACUGUAUCUUCCGUUUCUUGCUCUCAAGAGACUGGACAACCUUCCAUGGCCAAAAGAUCGCUUUUACCAGGGAUAUGAAUUCCCAGAAGUCUUUUGCUUUGCAAAAGAAGAACAGACAUAUUCCAUCUGGCUGGGGAGCCGAGGUCCCCAAAUCAUCUUUUGGGUGGAGGGAUGCUUUCUAUAGCAGCCACAGGAGCAGGACAGGUGUGAUGUGACAGAUGUGAACCCAAACUCCUUGCCUUUGGUCCAGCGUGGUGGUGCCUUCUUGAUGUGUCGAGAAAUACUUCAUAGGAAGUGGCGUGUGGGUGCCCCCCAGAAGGAAGCACGUUCGUAUUCCAUUCUCUCCAAGGACAGCUCAAGAUGUCUAUACUUUGUCCAGGUUGGGAUGGGGGAUCUGAUUGCUGUUUCCUUUCCAGGGAGCAGCUAAAUGGUCUCAUUACACCUCGCUUUUCUAAAUCACGGUAGGACAGUAAUACGUUCAGAAGGAAUGUUUACUGCCUUCGCCCUUGGGUGCGGUCCCUAUGCCUGGUACCAGUGUACAUCCAGCUUGCCCAGGAUCGGUAUUGACAAGAGGAUUCUGGUGUCUCAAUUAAUUUAGUAUCUUUACUUCAAAAAAAAAAAAAUGCCAACAGAACAACAACAAAAACCCAACAAAACCAACACAAGAAUUAAAACAUGAUUGUUUUAUUUUUGUAUGUUUAUGCAUCACUUGGUGUCCUAUGUGAAUAGCUAUGUAUAAUAUGUUAUUUAAGUAUAUUUAUAGAAGUUCAGAUUACUAGGGGUUUAAAAGAUGACAUACUAUUCCUAUGUUUUGUUCAGUGUAUAUUUCAAAGUAUAUACUUUUUGCUUGAGAAAAGUAGGAAUACUCUCGAUUCAGUGGACUUACUAUGUUGCACUAUAAUGUCUGAGGAAUGCUCAGGAAAUCUCGCGGGGUAAAUGGGGGCAUGGAUUAAUAAUCUUUACUUUCUGGCUUUUCUCUCUCUCUCUCCCCCCAGAAUGCUUAGAUUUCUAUCUGCUGUAACCCUUUCUCCUCAUUGGAAAAGGACUUGGAUCUGAUGUUAUCCCGUCUAAUAAAUACACCUUAAGCUUCGUACCAUGUAUGCCCACACACCCUAAACCAAAUGAAUGCAAUCUUUCGACUAAAGACCACUAGAAAUUUUGAGGUUCAUUGUUACAAAGGACUCCGCUGGUUAGAGAGCCGGUAGGAAGGUCUUCACCUGCUCACCUGCUUCACCAUGACUUCUCCUCCCCGUAAGAAUAACCGCAACCCACCCAAACCCCAUUUUGGUUUGAUCUCUAGCAAACGGUCAGCAUGACACCGUCAGCUUUAGAGUGUCAGUGUGUGGCGUGACGUUCAAGUGGAAAUAACCCCUGAAUUUUAUCUGUAACCUAAAUGGAAACAGUUUUUCGAAAUCUUCCCUAAGCUUUACUAAGAAGUCUUCAUACUUUGUAAACAAAAAGCAGCCUUAGCAUUAAGAAAGAAAAAAAGAAAAACAGGAAGCAAGUUGUAAUAGCAGAGGUUUCUGAAAGAUAAAGGCUACACUAGUCAGUUUGGCCCAGUAAACAUUUCGUUGCUGGGGGGGGUGGGGGGCUGAGUGAGUGGGGGAGGCUCAGACUGUGCACUAGUGAGGACCUGGCCCUCCCCGAGUUUGCUGGCUGCACAGAGAUCAGCCAUCAUUCAGGUCCUCAGAUUGGACCCCAAAACUUCUGGUUUGAGAGGCCAGUGCUUUCCUCUCUUUCCUCUAGAAAUUAUCAUUGAUUCUUUCUGUAAUUAGCAGCACCCUUCCUGUGAUCAGAAGGUGGAUUGUUUAGCAUUCACAGUGUAAACAGUGGUGAGAAAGGAGAAAGAAUAAUGGAGGAAAGACGAGUUUCAGGUGUUCUUCAACCUUCUUCUCUUUGGUUUGCAGCACCAGCCUGUACACUUCAGACCAGUUUGUGCUGAGUUGAAGCACUCCAAAAGCUCUUGGCCAGAACUUGCACUACUUUGACGUUGCAUUGAUACAAAUUACCUGACCUCUUAAAGUCAUUCAGCACCACUCCAAAGUAAAGACAGAAUAGAUCCAUGAGAUUAAUCCAGCCUGUAAGUUAUUUUUCAGGGUUGUUUGGAUGUUUUUGCUUUGUUAGGAAGGCAGUCCCUUGGCAGAACCUCCCAGAAUAAAAGUUAAACUAAGCUGCACGAUUUCACACCUAAACCCACCUGCUCGCUGGUAGGACUUCCUUCUGCGAAUGUUCGAGCUGUGUUGUGUUGAGCUAGGAAGUAAGGGGCUCGGUUGUGUGUUUCCACCUUCAGCUGCGGCCACCGAGGAGGGUGGGGGAGAGAAGGAAGUGAGAGGAAGAGGGGGGACAUUCUUGAGCAGUAAUCCCAGUGUGUCUUGCCUCCAGCCAUUUUUUAGGGGGCGGGGAGGAGCAAAGGGUGUUGAGAAAACUGGUUCAUUUCCAGUGUAUUCGUGAGGAUUGGGGCACCUCUGAAAUAGAUUUUGGGCAGUUUCAUGGGGUCUAAAGGGAGGCUCUUGAACCCACUGCUGCAGUCGUCGGGUCUGAAGGCUGUGGGAUAGUGUGCCCAUAGGGCCGCUCAGGAAGUGGAGGAUCUCUGAGCAUAACCACGUCUAAACCUGCCGCACCUGCCGUGGCUUAGGAUACAGACCGGACCUCUCUGGGGUCUCAGGAAGAAUGGUGUGGCUCCAUUGAGAGCCUAUGGACCCAAAUUGGUGCCUGGUGUGAUGCCCUUAAUAAUCGGGCCGUUGGAGUGCUUGCUGAGUCGUUUCCGACCCUUGGCAGGUAUCUCUUGCUUUGAAUGAUUCUUAGUUGUGCCAUAAUCUCAGCGCAGCACCCAAAGCUUGGAGAGAUGCUAAGCAGGCUAUUACCAAGAUUCUGGCAAGCAAGCCUGAAAGUGAGACUAUGCUGGAGGCAGAUUUCAAGGUGAAAUGAUGAUGCCUUAUAUUUAAGGAGCACUUUGUAAUUUGCAAAUGGGUGUGUUUCAGCACCCCCGCCCCCCCCAGUGCUCUCCCUGGGGCAUAUCGAGGAUGGUUGUGGAUUAUCGUUACUCCUCCUGCGGAGAAGUGAGGUGCCUUGGGAGACCCUCAGCUGGCCAUGGCCAGGAUGUGAGUCUCGAGUGUCUUGUCCCCCCUCCCCCACCUUGUGCCGUUGCUCAGGGGACCCAGCCAUUGGACUCGGACUGUAAAUGGCAUCGCGCUGCAAGGGGCACAGGGACGUAGUGCCUUUUGCAGGGUUGUCUGCUGAAAAUCACUCUUUCCCUUGAGUGCAAUCUCUCUUCCUCAUGGCCCCAAAGCUAACUCUCCCCCUGUAGCCAUCUGCUGUUGGGCUAGCUGCAAGCUGGGGUGUAACUUAGCUCUGGGCUUCCUUUCUUUCCUUGGGUAACAAACACUGCUCCUUAGGUGCUGGGAGAUCCUCAGAGGAAAGGGAUACAUUGAAAGACCUGGAGUGCAUUUUUCUGUUUUCCUUUUCACACGUGUCAGGAGAUGCCAGAGACUGGGCUUAGUGACUAAAUGUUAAGGCUUUAGCUUCCUGUCUUAAUUCCUUUUCAUGUAAUUAUGCUAAAUGCCUCAGCUAGCCUCUAAAUCACAAACAACAUGAUAGAGAUGAAAGAGAUACUUUUAAGCAGUUUGGGGAGGGAAGCUACACAAGUUCCAGCCAUAUUUAAAUUCGUGGACAUAGACCUCUUUGUAUAAUGCUCUCAUUGAAGGGUCAUGUUUUGAUGCAGCCACACAGAAGAUUUAGCCAGUAAUUUAGGUGCAGAGGUUGUCUCUCCAGCAGUCAAGAUACGUCGCAAAGCUGCCAUAUCCAAAUGAAGCUUUUCGAUGCACCUCUUCCACCUAAUAGAAUCUUAUAUUUGACUGUGGCUUUCCAAUUUAUUUCCCAUUCCAUCGUUUUUCUAUACUUAUCUCACAAGAGAAAUGGAGUUCUAGGAAAUGCGAGGUGACUGCCCUGCCUAGGAUUUUGUAAUAUGUCACCAAACAUGAAAAGCCCUGAAACUAGACUCUAACAACCCGUGUGACAUGGACUGGGAGGGGCGAUAGUUCCACCCAGCACAGAGAGCUGCCUGUCGCCUGUCGCUGCAAUGAACCAGAUGACAAACAGCUACGUGCUUCCGAGGCUGUGAGACAGGAAGCAGUCUUCUCGCCUCUUCGGCACAUCUUCAUUCUUCCUCACACCACCACAGACCACAGAGAAAAUGAACAACCAAGAAACGGAUUCUACAUUUAAAAAACCCAGCUUUUCUAUUUCUCUGGCCGUGAGGAGACUUCACUGCUCUGUACUGAUAUUUCUUCAUCUUGAGUCCAAAGGGGAAGCAUGCCCCAUUGAGAUGAUUAGCAUCUCAAAAUGAAGUCCAGGAUUUUAAACUGCCAUCUAUUUUAAUGUCCUUGCAUGACGGGGAUGUGACAUUUAGCACUGCAUGGUGUCUGGGGACAAGAUGUUAAUGUGGAAAUGAUACCUUCAAUCUCAUUGUGCUUUCGUUCUCUGUCACCGAACCGUCUUCGAUCAAACUGAAAAAAAGAGGCAUGACUCAUUUCUCCAGUGUUUUGUGCUUGAGGUUGACUUGUAAGAUAAUAAAAACAGGAGAACAUAUACCUAGUAAAAUGACAUGGAAAAAAUUGGAAAUGUCCUAUGGCUGUUCCUCUUCUGCCCUGCAGUAUUGCUUCCUCAAAAUAAAACUUCCCUGGGAGGUGUUGAA